AUGUUGCAGCCCAUUGUCCUUGUUGCCUGCGCGUUUCUGGCCAGCGCCGCAGCUGGUCGCCCGCCGCAACGCUAUUUGCCCGCCAAUCAAUAUCCGGCACCGCAGGCCAGCCAGCUGCACUAUCACGGCGUUAGCGGCCACUCCCAUGGCCGAGUCGGAGGCGGAGGCGCUGGAGGAGUCGGCGUGGGCGUGGGAGUGGAUGGCUUCGCUGGAGCUGGCGGACAUGGCGGACAUGGUGGACAGCGUCAGGCGCAGAUACCGAUUGUGCGCAGCGAUUAUCAGAGCGAUGCCAGCGGCAAUUAUAACUUUGGCUUUGAUACGGGCAACGGCAUCCAUCGCGAUGAGACGGGCGAAUUCAAGGGCGGCUGGCCACACGGUUCCCUCGGCGUGCGCGGCUCCUACUCCUACACGGGCGACGAUGGCCAACAGUAUACGGUCAAUUACAAGGCCGACAAGGACGGUUUCCAUGCCGAGGGCGCACACCUGCCCACCUCACCAUCGCUGCCCGCCGAGCAUCAUCAGCAGCGCAGCGGAGCCGGCGGCUCGGCUGGCGGUUAUCAUGGCGGCGCCUACCAUGGCUCCGCUGGCAAUGUGCAAGCGCCUUCGUCCCGCUAUCUGCCACCCGGCUACCGCCAGCGCAGACACUACUAGAACCCCCAAUUGGACACACAAUCUGAGCACUCAGCGCACACACACACACGAAUGUACAUCCUUGGCAGCACACAGAUUAGUUAUAUUUUUUUUGUACUCUAUAAAAAGUUGUAUUUUUGUUUUUGCAAGCCAAUAAAAUAUGUUAGAAAUUUUCGAUAA